AUGAAGACCCAGGUCUGGACUCAGGGCUGCAACUGUGAGUGGCGGUAAUUAUCUUCACGUGUCGGCUCUAUCAAAGAGUGCAUCGGCUGAUGAGAUUUGGUUAUGCUGCAAUGCGCGUAGCUUGGUACAAGAAUUCUGAAGGCAGGAUCACUACAAAUUGGCCUGGUGAGCCUGUCUGAUCCGUCUGCAAAGACCGAGCCUUGGCCAGUAGUCUGAUUACUCCCAUGUCCUCGAUCGGCUGCAGGCACGUUCCUUCACUUUGCAGACACUAUUAGCAACCCCCGAUGGGAAGAUUAUGAUUGGCAAAAGGGCCUCGCACCUCUCAAAGUCUCAGAUGCCGAAGCCAAGGGAAGCCUGAAAGCGCUCCUUGCCGAUGGGCGAGGCGCAAACGAACCAGCUGUGGGCGUCAUGGGCCCUUCGCCUGCGCCCUACCUCGAUGGCAAGCUAGCUAGCAUGUACGACAUCAAGCCCGUCGCUCGGCCGACGGCAGCAACAGCGGCAGCCUAG